AUGGCCUCCAUGGGGCUGCAGGUGCUGGGCAUCGCCCUGUCCGUCAUCGGCUGGCUGGCGUCCAUCCUCUGCUGCGCGCUGCCCAUGUGGCGCGAGACCGCCUUCGUGGGCAACAACAUCGUGGUGGCUCAGAUCAUCUGGGAAGGGCUGUGGAUGAACUGCGUGGUGCAGAGCACGGGGCAGAUGCAGUGCCGGGUGUACGACUCCAUGCUGGCCCUGCCGCAGGACCUGCAGGCCGCCCGCGCGCUGCUGGUGGUGGCCAUCGUACUGGCCGUGCUGGGCACGCUGCUCGCCAUCGCCGGCGGCAAGUGCACCACCUGCGUGGAGGACGAGACGGCCAAAGCCAAGGUGAUGAUCCUCUCCGGCGUCACCUUCAUCGUCUCCGGCGUCCUCAUCCUCAUCCCCAUCUGCUGGUCGGCCAACGCCAUCGUCCGGGACUUCUACGACCCGCUGGUGGCCGACUCCCAGAAGAGGGAGCUGGGCUCGUCGCUUUACGUGGGCUGGGCGGCCUCCGCGCUGCUGUUGCUGGGGGGGGCCAUGCUGUGCUGCACCUGCCCGCCGCGCGGUGAGAAGCCCUACUCCGCCAAGUACAGCGCGGCUCGCUCGCUGCCGGCCAGCAACUACGUGUAGGGCCGCCGCACC